AUCUUCUCUUCUUCACAAAACACAAAGCCUCCUGUUUCUCUGUGUAACCUUCUAAUCAUUUAAAAGCCUGCCCAUCUUUCACUUUCCCUUGGAUAUCUAAUCUCAUUUUGGUUUUCUUCAUCAUACCUAAAGUAUCUCUGAUUUUCCCAUCCGCAGAUUAAUUUUCCAAGGAAAAAAGCGUGAAUGUUGUAAUGGAGACCAAAGGUGGUAAAAAGAAGUCUAGCAGUAGUAGUGGCUCUAAACAGUACGAAGUUCCUCUCGGUUACAUCAUUGAAGACGUUAGACCCAACGGUGGCAUCGAAAAGUUCAGAUCUGCUGCUUACUCCAACUGUGUGAGGAAGCCAUCCUGAUAUUCGAUACAAGAGAUGACUUGUUUGGUAGAAUAGGAUUUCCCUUUCGUUAUUUCGAUUUCGUUAGAACAAUAAUCUGAAUUCUCUUUGGCCAAACAAAACCCAGAAAACAAAAAAAAAACCACAAAAAAAGACACUCUUUUGCAUUAAACAAAGUAUUUCUCUUUUUUUAAGCAAUGGGCAUUUUCAACGAUCCUCCACCACCUUCACCAAUAGGGUUUGAAGGCUUCGAAAAACGCUUGGAAAUCUCAUUUUCUGAGCCAUCCAUUUUCAUUGACCCACAGGGACUCGGUCUCCGAGCUCUGACUCGGGCCCAACUCGACUCCAUUCUCGAGCCAGCUCAGUGCACCAUCGUUUCCAACCUCUCAAACUCCGAGUUCGACUCAUACAUUCUGUCAGAGUCAAGCCUAUUCGUCUACCCAUUCAAAAUAGUCCUCAAAACCUGCGGGACCACUAAGCUUCUCUUGUCGAUCCCACCGAUUCUCCAACUCGCUGACUCACUCUCACUCACCGUGUCCUCGGUCAAAUACUCUCGUGGCAGUUUCAUUUUCCCAAAUUACCAACCUGCCCCUCACCGUAACUUCACUGAGGAAGUCGCUGUUUUGAACGGGUACUUUGGGCACAUGAACGCACAGGCUUACGUCAUCGGCGAUCCCAAUGUUCCUAACCGUAACUGGCACAUUUACUCGGCGGCGAGUAAAGACGUUGAGAACAAUGAAAAUACCCAAAUUACCCUUGAGAUGUGCAUGACUAAGUUGGACCGCGACAGCGCGGCCGUGUUUUUCAAAAAAUGGGGAAGCAAUGGGGCAGGUGAAAUGACAAAAAAGUCCGGGAUUAAUGAAAUUAUUCCAACUCACGUGAUUUGCGACUUUGAAUUUGACCCGUGUGGGUACUCAAUGAAUGGAGUCGAGGGGUCUAGCUACUCUACCGUGCACGUGACCCCGGAGGAUGGGUUCAGCUACGCAAGCUACGAGGCCAUGGGGUUCGACCUCGAGACUAUUGGGUUCGAGCCACUGGUCAAGAGGGUGCUCAAGUGUUUUGGCCCGGCUGAGUUUUCUGUGGCGGUCACGUGUUCUAAUGGGGCCCGGUUCUUUUCUGCUGACGUGGAGGGGUACACGUGUGAGAACGUGGUGAAGCAGGAAUUGCCUGGUGGGUGUUUCCUGGUGUACUUGACUUAUGCGGAGAAAAAAGCUGAGGCUAAGGCUACAGAGGAGUGCACAGUGGUGCGCACACCUAUCAAAGCAAAAGUGAAAGCUGUCUUGCACUGCUGGAAGGAGUUUGUGGUGGAGGAGGAAGAGGAGCUGGUGACGUGUCGUUACGUGUCGUGAGCUUUUUUUUUUGGGCCACAGCCAAGAAGCCAAUCAGAGUGUCAGUUGUCAGUCAGUCAAUGCCAAUCAGUCUGUUGAGUGGCAUUUUGGUAAUUUACGUUGUUGGGCCUGUCGUGUUUGUCUUUUCCGUUGGAAUUUCUAUGGUCUUUAUGUUAUGUUUUGUUCUAUGUUUUUUUUUUUUUUUUUUUCAAGUCCAAUGUAUUGGGUCAUUGGUGUUUAGUCUAUAUUAUUACUUGCAAUAAAAGAGCGUGGUCAUGUUGUUGCUGUAGCAAUAGUGUUGCUUGGUACUAUUUUCGAAUGUAUGGGUGAAAAUUAUUAAUGAUUUAAAGGAUAUGGGUAUAGUGAUGAA